UUCUCUUUCUUUGCUCCGUCCUCCCUUUUGCUGCUAUUUUUUUUGUAUCUAUUUCGUUCUCUCACUAUAGCUGCCAUAGUCUCUAUUUGAACCGAAAGGAACAUCUCUUUUGAUUUUUUACAUUGCGAGCGAGUGACAUUUCAAGGAGUGUGGGAAGGGGUUUUAAAGGAUCAAAAUGGCUGGAGUUUCGAGUGAGGAGUCUGGAGUGGAAAGGUCUGCGGAGUGGGGUUUGAGAUCAGGGGAAAUGUUGGUAGAGUGGCGGUCUUCUGAGCAGGUCGAAAAUGGAACGCCUUCGACCUCACCCCCUUACUGGGACUCUGAUGAUGAUGGCGGUGGUGGGCCGAAACCUCCUGAUUUGUAUGGAAAGUAUACAUGGAAGAUAGAUAAAUUUUCACAGAUUAAUAAAAGAGAACUACGCAGUAAUGUGUUUGAAGUUGGUGGCUACAAGUGGUACAUUUUAAUUUAUCCACAAGGCUGUGAUGUUUGCAAUCAUCUCUCUCUGUUUCUCUGUGUUGCUAAUCAUGACAAACUGCUUCCAGGUUGGAAUCAUUUUGCACAGUUUACAAUAGCUGUCGUGAAUAAAGAUCCAAAGAAAUCAAAAUAUUCGGAUACAUUACAUCGAUUCUGGAAGAAGGAGCAUGAUUGGGGCUGGAAAAAGUUUAUGGAGCUGUCAAAAGUUUAUGAUGGGUUCAUAGAAUCCGACACACUUAUCAUAAAAGCUCAAGUUCAAGUCAUCAAGGAGAAAGCAGACCGUCCUUUCCGUUGCCUUGAUUGUCAGUAUCGGAGAGAACUUGUCAGAGUAUAUUUGACAAAUGUAGAGCAAAUCUGUUGCCGUUUUUUGGAUGAGAGACGCCAAAUGCUGGGAAAGUUAAUAGAGGACAAAGCUAGGUGGUCAAGCUUCUGUGCUUUUUGGUUAGGGAUUGACCAGAAUGCCCGGCAUCAAAUGUCCAGGGAGAAAACUGAUGUCAUUUUGAAAGUAGUUGUGAAGCACUUUUUUAUAGAGAAAGAAGUAACAUCUACGUUGGUAAUGGAUUCACUUUAUAGUGGACUGAAGGCUCUAGAAGCCCAGAGCAAGAGCAAAAAAAUAUUGGAUGCUGAAGAAAUGCCAGCUCCAAUUGUUCAUGUGGAAAAAGAUAUGUUUUUGUUAGUGGAUGAUGUGUGUUUACUCCUAGAAAGGGCUGUUUUGGAACCACUACCUCCAAAAGAUGAGAAAGGUCCUCAAAACCGAACAAAGGAUGGGAAUUCUGGAGAGGAUCUCAAAAAGGAUUUAAUUGAGCGUGAUGAACUGCAUCUUACAGAACUAGGUCGCAGGACAGUGGAAAUAUUUAUUCUUGCUCAUAUUUUCAGCAACAAUAUAGAAGUUGCCUAUCAGGAGGCAAUUGCUUUGAAAAGGCAAGAAGAACUCAUCCGUGAAGAAGCUGCAUGGCUUGCUGAAAGUGAGCAGAAGGCUAAACAAGGCACAUCUGAGAAGGAGAAAAAGUCAAAGAAAAAACAGGCUAAGCAAAAGAGAAAUAAUCGAAAAAGCAAAGAUAAGGGAAGGGAGGAGAAGGCUAUUGUGGCAGCACAGGAAAAGCACCAGGAAGUGCCUGACGAUGAAAAGGAGGCCCCUAUGAUGGUGGAGCAGCCAGUGCCUGAAAAGGCUGAUGUUCUGAAUGAUUUUUCUGAUGUUUCCGACUCGGUACCUAUUAAUUGUGAUACAGAUACAUCAGAAAUUCAUCUGCCCACAGAAUCCAGUGGCAGUGGCAUAAGUGGACUAUCGUGUGUACAAAAUGAAGUAACUGAUAAGAGGAUCCCAUCUAUGACGGAUGAUAGUUCAUCAACAUGUUUAACAAACUCAAUACCAUCAGUGGUAAUGAAUGGGCGCUAUAAAGGGAAUUCUUCUUCAAACAACCACAAUAAAAAAUCACCUAGCAGGAGAAAAAACCAGCGAAGUAAAACAUCAAGUGACGACAAUAAUCAAAUUACACAAUCUGGUAAUCAGUCUUGUCCUGCAUUAGAUGUUGGGGACCAAAACGAAGUUUAUGAAAGUAUUAAGGCCAAUGAAUCUGAGUCUGAGGGUGUUGUUCCUAAAUUGUUGGAUCAUACAAAAUGGGUUAAGCAGGAUGCUGUUAAGAAGGUGGAUGUUUUGCUACAAAAGAAACCAAGCAUCCCACAUGCGGUUGAUUUAGAAAGAUCUAAAGAGAAUACUGCUGCUAAACCAUCCUCUCCACGAAGCCCUCCCGGAAAUCCGCCACCUUCUGCUCAGUUCAGGUCUGAAUACAGGAGUACUAGCAGUUUAGGUUCUAUUCCAGCUAGGAAGAUAUCGUCAAACAGCCUGCAACAGAGUGAUCAACCUGCAUCUUCUACUACUUCCCAAAUGAAUGGUACGUUAAAACCUGAGAGUCAAAAGGUUGCAACAUUGACAGCGUCUGAAAGACUGAUGACCCCACAAGAGUCUGUGAUGCCAAGGCCGUCGAGUGAUCUAAAUCCUGGUCCUAGGCCAGCUGCUCCUGUUGUUUCUAUGGUUCAAACAAGUCCUUUUCUAGCUCGUUCAGCUAGUGCAGCCGUCUCUUUAGGUCCUGAGCCAUCAGCGGCUGCUAGUUAUGUUCCUCAAUCUUACAGAAAUGCCAUGAUGGGUAAUCAUGUGGCUUCUAGUUCAUCUAGUUUUACUCAUCCUAUCUCCCCUAGAUCAGGAGUCAAUGCUUUGCCAGUAUAUUCGCAACCACCUGCCUUGGGAUCAGUGUAUAUACCCCGGAGCCCUGAAAGGAUGGAGCCAAAUUCUGUACAAUCAGGCUUUCCUUUUGGCAUGGCAGAUCAGGAUAUCCUGUUGAAUGCUUCUCAGUGGAUGGGCAAUUAUCAAAGGAAUGGCAGUAGAAAUAUGCACUCUGAUCCUUCCCCGUUGCUUAGUGAGACCCAAACUAUUGAUUUGUUUAAGUCCAUAUGUAAUGGAUCCCGGGAACACUUCUCGAAUGAGUUUCCAGCCCGUACAUCUGGACGUCAGACCCAAGGUGUCUUGGCAGAUGAAUUUCCACAUCUUGAUAUCAUCAACGAGUUACUUGACGACGAACACCAUGUUGGGAGCACAGGGAGGGCAGGAACAGGCUUCCAUGCUCUUGACAAUGGGUCACACUUACUAACCCGCCAUGUUUCUUUUCCACCCAAUUUGUGCACGUCGCGUGAGAUGGGAUCCUCGUGUGGCUCGUGCAGGUGUGAGCCAGCACAAAGUUACCAUGCUGAUGGGUUCCAACGAAGUUUCAGUGGUUCAUUGGGAAACCAUUUCGAUACACUGAGGGAAUAUACGCCGCAGUCGAACCACCAACCUUAUGCUAAUGGACAACUCGAUGGAUCGUUACAAACUCAAUGGCCAAUUACUUCUUCCGAUCUAUCUUUACUUCAGAUGAGGAAUGCAGAAGGUGAUGGUUACCCAUACUAUUCGAAUCCGUCAUGUGGUGUCAACAGGUACACGACGGUAUUCCGACCUCCAAAUGGACACUGAAAAAGGUAAUCAAUUCACCCGCAAAUUCGAUGGUUAUGGAUAUGAUGUAAUAAUGUGAGUUGGGUCUUAGAUUUGGAGCGAGUUUGUGUAAUCUUUUCAUAAGA